AUGACAUCAAAAAAUCUGGUUGCAGUAGUUGUUGGUGUUGGUCCAGGUUUAGGAACAUCUUUAGCCAAACGAUUUGCAGCUGGAGGUUAUUCAAUUGGUCUUAUAGCACGAAAAGAAAGUAGUUUACAACCUGUACAAAGAGAACUUGAACAACAUGGUCAUACAGCUUUGAGUGUAACAGCUGAUGCUAGCGAUGUAUCAUCAGUAAAAAAUGCUAUUGGUACUAUUCGAAAAAAAUUUAGUAAUGAUCCUGAAGUAUUAUUGUACAACGCUGGUAUAUUUGUGUAUAAAAAUAUUUUGAGUUUGAAACCUGAGAAACUUCAAACAGUACUAAAUGCAAGUGUUAUUGGUGGUUUAAUCGCUAGUCAAGAAGUUCUUCCAUCUAUGAUAAAAAAUGGAAAAGGAACAAUAUUGUUUACUGGUGCUACUGCUAGCCUUCGUGGUUCAGUCGGAUUUUCUGGUAUGGCUGCAUCAAAAUUUGCUCUACGCGCCUUAGCUCAAUCCAUGGCUCGUGAAUUUGGCCCACAAGGUAUUCAUGUUGCUCAUAUAAUUAUUGACGGACAAAUUAACACACCAAGUCAAGUUCAACGUCAACCUGACAAAGAUAUUAAUUCAUUUCUUAAUAGUGAUGCGAUUGCUGAGACAUAUUGGCAAUUACAUGUACAACCUCGUACAGCAUGGACACAUGAACUUGAUAUUCGUCCUUCAGUAGAAAAAUUUUAA